AUGUUGCGUACGUUUUGUCUUUUGCUUUUAUUUAUUAUUCAGUUUAAUUUAAAUAUUUGUGAGAUUCCAUCUAUUAAUAAAUCCAAUUGUUCAUUAACAUUUCAAAUUCAAACAAUCUAUCAAUCAAAUAAAAUUCAAACAGAUUUUCCUAUUGAAUUUAUAGGGACUUAUAAUUUAACAUGUAGUUUAAAAAAUCUAACGGCUUAUUAUAAAAUAACUCCAUUAGCUAUUCUUGUUGUUGGUAAAUAUAAAAUUGGACAGGAAAAUUUUAAAUCAAUGGUAGAAUUAUAUACAUCAAAAUUUAAAUUUAGUAUUAAUCAAUCAUCAACAAUACGUUUAUGUAUUUUAUCGAAUGAUGAUGAUGAUGAUGAUGAUAAUGAUCAUGAACAUCGAAUAUGUCGACAAAUUCAUAUUGGAAUAAAUACAUUAUAUACAUUUUGGACUUUACCAAUGAAAAUUCUUUAUUUUUCUUUACCAUGUUUAAUAAGUACAUAUUAUUUUGUCUAUGCGUUAAUAAAUAAUUGGUGUAAACAUGAAACAAAACCGAAAUCAACAUUUGCAUCAACAAAUUAUAAAUUUUUACGUAAAAAUGAAACAUUUGAACAUGAAAAAGUUCAUGAAGAUAUGUCUGUUGAAGAAUAA